GUUGAUGCGGAUUUAGUGGUUCGGGUUAUAAAACUAAAGAGCAGGUAAAAGCCCCGCUCUGUCGUGAAAUAAUCUGUCAUAUUCGACGGAAAUUUUGAGAUCAUCUACUCAGAUCAAGCAUAUCCGAAGCAAAGUCGUACCUCGCUUGCACACCUCCACGUCGUCGCCGCCGUCAUGGAAGCAGAAGUCGCCGAACUAAAGAAGCAGGUUGCUGCCCUGCAGAAGGAGGUCACACGAGUAGCUGAUGAAGCAGAGAUCCGUAAAACCCACUUCAAGUAUGGGUACUAUCUCGACAAGUGCCUCUACAACGAGGUAGUGGACAUGUUCGCCGACCAUCCGGACACGUACGUCGAGUUCCUCGGGUCUCGAUACAGGGGCAAGGAGGGUGUCAAGCGGCUGUACCAGGGCCGGUUCCAGAACGCGUUCGUCAAGGGCCGCAAUGGCCCAGUCUACGGAUUUCUUCUCGACCACAUCAUGAUGCAAGAUAUCGUGGAUGUCGACUCGAGUGGCACGCACGCGUGGGUCAGAAUGAGAGCGCUAAUGAGUGCUGGAACUCACGACUCCGUCAACGAGACGCACCCACGCGGGCACGUACAGUGGUGGGAGGGCGGCCUAUACGAGAACGAGUACAUCAAAGAGAACGGUGUCUGGAAACUCUUCCGCUACCGCUACUUCCCAUUCUGGCACGCGGAAUUUGAGAGCGGCUGGAGUCACACAAAGAAGAAUUACAUACCCUGGCCGACGAAGACAUACCCGGAAGACCCUAUGGGUCCGGACGAGAUCCUCGAGCAGAAGAUGCUCUGGCCUGACACGCGAGUAAUCCCGUUCCACUACCCUCACCCUGUAACCGGUAAAAAGGUGAACGAUGACGACCUCAGGGCGCCGCAUUGGGGCCAGGACGUGAACACCUCGGACAAGCCCCUCACCCUAAAGUUGCCGGAUGGGCAGACGAGGCCUGGGGCUGAGGAGGGGGUUAGCGAGUCUCAACCCGGGACGAAGAUCCUGCCGGAGCUGCUGCAGAACAAGCCGGUCAACGGUGCUUAAUACCUAUCAUUGCAGCUGCUAGAUCGAGAAUCGUUUUUGCCUUGAUUUUUGGAUGCUGCCUCUGAAUUUUGCAGCGGACUGCUCCAUAGUUCCUACUCUGCACGGGUAAUAGAAAUACCUCCUUGAGCGCAUUGUUAUCGCUAGCAGCCAUGAAUACACUACUUAGGCCUGAA